UUCUAUAAAAAUCAUUUAAAAAUCAAUGUAAAACAUAUACAUUAUCGUUUUUUUGAUUAUUUAAAAAAAUAGUAUUAACUUAUCAUUUUAAAAUUUUUUAUAAAAAAAAAAUUACUUAUAAUGAAAAAUUGUUAUUUUUUUUUAUUACUAUUCAUAUUCAUUCUAUUAACUGAAACAACAAGAAAUUCAAAAAGAAUCACUAAUAUAUAUAGUUGUCUCGUUCAAAAUGAUGGAUGGAAAGAUUUAAAGGAUGUAAAAUGUGUUGAGUAUAGGAAAGAAUUUUAUAAAUUAGAAAAUUAUCUAGAAGCUACUACAAAGGAAAAUUGUAACAAAGGAAUUCGAAUAUUGACUUUAGUGCUGGCUUGUUCAUACGCCAAAGAUUUAAAAAUACUAUAUUUCCUAAUUAUGCCAAUUGUACAACACUGUAAGAGUUUGAUUAACCAAAAAGAUCAAUUAAAAACUUGUACUAUGGAGUUAUUAAACAUUUUACAAAAAAUGCCAUCAUUAGCGACAUUGAUGAAAGAAACACUCAAUGUAUUGAACUAUAUGCAUACAUAUUCAUGGAAAAAUUUUUUUUUUUUUAACAAUUUAUUUAGAAAUUUAGAAAUUUUUAACAAUAAACUAAAAAACUAUCCCAUUGUGGAAAAUGAUUCAUCAGCCAUGGAGAAAUUCUAUAAUUUUAUUGAAUCGACUUUUAAUUAUAAAAAUGUUAAAAAUGAAUUUAAUUCUUUAACGUAUUGUGAAUUUGAAUCAUUUAAUAUGGCGGCGUUUUGGCAAGAAUGUAGUAAAGAAUACAAUCACAAAUUUAAUAGUGACAAAACUUUUCAAUUAUAUGAUUAUCUAAUUCAAAAAAUUCAUAUAUUAAUUAAUUCCAUAAUUAUUAACAGAUUUCAUAAAUUAGGAUUUAAGUAUUGUAGAAAAGUAUUCCAAAUCGGUAUAUCUGUACCAUAUAAGUAUAAUACUGACGAAUUUUUAAUAAGCCCUAAUGAUAUAUCUAAUUCAACUCAAAGCGAAUUACAAAAGAGAGAAAUGGAAUAUCAAUGGAUUCUAAAGCUUAUUGAUUCUUUAAAUGAAGAACAAGGUAAUGUAUCUGACACCAAUAAAGAACUACAGUUCAUCGAUUUUCUCGGACAAGGAUUAGAUCCAAGUAGUUCAAAUGAAAAUAUUUCAGAGCCAAUGGAAACUGACGAAAAUAGGGAGAGUUAUACUAAGUACUUUUAAUUAGUUAAUUUAUCAAAAUAUGAUAACAAAAAUAUUUUGUAAUAUAAUAUAAAAAUAAAACAAUUUUUAUAAUCUUCGAAGCAUA